AUGUCAAAUGCUUCUUUUCUCCUACUACCUUUCUACUUGUUCAUGGUUUCCAUGUCCAUCUUUCCCACCACAAACAGCGCAACAGGUGAGCACCGUCUAAAGUGGGAGGCCACGGUGACAGCACCAAGUUGCCAAGGUUCCAUAGAGGAGUGCAUAGAAGAAGGUGAGUUUGGAAUGGAUUCGGAGUCUCACCGGCGUAUCUUAGCAACCACACAGUAUAUAAGCUACAGAGCACUGCAAAGGAACACUGUGCCAUGCUCUCGUAAAGGUGCAUCUUACUACAAUUGUCAGACAGGUGCAGAAGCUAAUCCUUACAGCCGUGGCUGUGCCACCAUCACUCGUUGCCGUAAUAACUCUUAG